UCAAGGUAGCACACAGGUGACGUCAUGAGAUAUCGGUCAAAUGGCACCUGCAGAGCAGAGCACAGGCUUAAAGCCCUUUUGUUUUUAAAGACCAUGGUUAAUCAAGUGUAACCGUUAACAACCCCUUCAAUUGAGAUACCGUUUCCUAGUUUCACAUGUAUGUGUUAAGUUUAGGUAAUGUUCCAGGCGAUAUACCAAAGUGCAUUGAAGUUGAGGCAUGGGUAGGCCAGUACAGAGGUUAACACCAUGCCACAGGAGCUUAAUGGACAGUGCAGGACAGUGAAACAUUAAUGUCUAAACAAUAGGGUGUAAACAGGGGGCUGGGAUAAGACUGGAACUAGACAGGUCUGUAGGCAUAGAUCUGCAUAUAAUGGAUGCUCAUUGUGAGCAAGGUCUAAAUAGACAGGACCAAAAACAGGCUCUAGCUUGUUUAGAGACAGUGACAUUAUAAGGCAGCAACAGUCUAUUUUUGUCUAUUUUUUCAGUCUAUCUACACGUCUAUUUUUGUUUCUCAAUAUCCUUGACCAGUUCCUAGUUAGGAAAAAGAGAAGUGAGUGACAGACAGAAAGACAGACACUGUCGAGGUCUUCGCUGCUAAUGUAAAGAAGGACAGUGAGCAAAGGAAGUGGGGGAGCGUCAGAGAUGGCUUUGGGAGUCUUCCAGACUGGCUGGAUGAGGCUGCUCUCACUUAUCCUGCAAGGCUGCUGUGUGGGUGUCCUCUGUAGUGACUGGGCUGUGCGUGUCCCCUCCGCUCCCCUGUGUGCCGUGGCCGGCUCGUCUGUGGUCCUCCCCUGCUCCUACGACUACCCUCAGCCCUACAGGGUGCUGUCUGAGAUGUGGUGCCGGGACCAGAGCCGCUGCAUCACCCCCAGGUAUGUGUACCAUAGCCAGGGCAUCUUCCCUGAGCCAGCCUCCCAGGGCAGAGUGGAGUACCUGGGGAAGGAAGGAACCAGGAACUGCUCCCUGAGGAUCUCUGAUCUGAGGAGGUCUGAUAGCGGGACAUACGUCUUCUAUUUUAUCACCAACCACCCAGUGGAGAAGCCUCCUGGACAGCCUGGAGUAACCCUGCUAGUGGCAGAUCAUUCCAGUGAAGUAGCAGUGUCCCUCAGUCCCUCUGGUGAUGUUGUUGAGGGCAGCUCAGUGACGUUAUUCUGCUGUAGAACUGCCCACACUCCAGUGGAGGGCUACACCUGGUACAAGACUGGAGGCUACGCGGCUGGUGAUAAGAGACAGAUGAUGACCAUCACCAAUAUCAGCGCAACAGACAGUGGAAACUACUACUGUGAGGCCCUGACCACUAAUAGACCAAUCCACUCCUCAGCGUUGUCUAUUAAUGUCCAGUAUGCUCCAAAGAACACAUCAGUGUCAGUCAAUCCUUUUGGGGAGCUAGUGAUGGGCAGCUCUGUGACUCUGUCCUGCAGCAGUGAUGCCAACCCUGCAGUAGAGCGCUACACCUGGUUUCAGAGGACAGGAUCCCAAGCUUCACUGAGAGGGUCAGGGCAGAGUUACAGCAUCACUAACAUCAGCCUUGAGGACAGUGGGCAGUACUGCUGUGUAGCGAUGAACAAGCAUGGAUCACAGAGCUAUACUGUUACCAUGACUGUGGGGAAAGUAAAUGGCCAGUCCUCCAUACUGUGGAGGUUGGUGGUGACAGUGGGGAUCCCCAUCGCUCUGACACUGAUCAUCAUUAUAACAGUGGCUUGCAUUAGGAGGAAAACUCUCCCAGCAUCAAGUCAACAAGGUUACAGUCUUACAGAGACCACCAUCCAGCAGCCAUUACCAUAAUACUACAUAAAGGAUGACCAUAACAAAUGAGACACUUAAAUUAACAGGAACUGAAAGGGAACUGAAUUAACUCUGGUGGGAGAUGUUGUGCCCAGUUUACUGCCACACAGUGGCACUGUUGUGUAGCUGUGUCCAGCUGUAUUCUUUAAUAACAUGUACAGUAAUAUCUGUAUAAUGUACUGUGCACCUUCAGCUCUCUACUGUAGAAAAUAAGUAAUUUCACUGUAA